AUGGCAGCCGAAAACCAGUGGGGCGUGACGCCGCCUAUCUCGACGUUACUGCCGACAGAGGCCGAGAAGCGCGCAAACGAUGCCUUGUUCGCUGAGCUCAAGGCACAGAACACCUACGAGCAUGCGACCGAGACGCAGAAGAGGGAGAUAGUCCUUAAAUCGAUCCAAUCCAUCGCCGAUGUCUUCGUGCAACGCGUUGCCCAGCAGCGGCACUCCGAGAAUGCAGCCAUCGUGAAGUCUGCCAGGGGCCGUGUCUUCACCUACGGAAGUUAUCGCCUGGGAGUCUUCGGUCCGGGCUCCGAUAUCGAUACCCUCGUCGUCGCACCCAAAUACGUCACCCGAGAAGACUUCUUCGAACACUUCCCAGGUUUGCUCAACGAGAUGGCGCCCCCUGGAUCAAUCGAGGACCUCACCGCAGUCACAGAUGCUUUCGUGCCCAUCAUCAAGUUUGAGUACUCUGGCAUCAGUAUAGAUCUAAUCUUCUCCAGAAUCGCUACCAUCACCGAAAUACCACCCCUGUCUACGCCCUGGGACUUGCUGGACAACAACUUGCUGCGCGGCUUGGACGAUGCUGAGCUGCGGUCCCUGAACGGUACAAGAGUCACGGAUGACAUCCUCAAGCUGGUGCCCGAGAAGACGUCUUUCCGACUAGCGCUACGAGCCAUCAAGCUGUGGGCGCAGAAGCGUGCCAUCUACGCCAACAUCAUGGGCUUCCCCGGAGGUGUGGCCUGGGCGAUGCUGGUGGCCAGAGUUUGUCAGUUAUAUCCAAAGGCGAAUGGCGCUGUCUUGGUCAACAAAUUCUUCCACAUAAUGCAGCGCUGGCCGUGGCCUCAGCCCGUUUUACUGAAGAAGGUCGAGGAGGGUCCUCUACAGGUCCGGGUGUGGAAUCCACAGGUCUACAAGGGAGACUCCUUCCAUCUCAUGCCCAUCAUCACUCCGGCUUAUCCAUCCAUGUGCUCGACUUUCAAUAUCACACAUUCGAGCAAGACUAUCAUACAGAAGGAGUUAGAGGAUUUUGCCCAAGUCGUGGACCAGAUCAUGGUCGGGAAAUUGCCUUGGAAGUCACUUUUCGUCAAGCACACGUUCUUCACCCAGGAUUACAAGUAUUACAUCAUGGUCAAUGCAGCCAGCACGACCAAGGAGAAUAGCAAGAUUUGGGGAGGCUUCGUGGAGUCCAAAAUCCGUCUCUUGGUGCAGAAUCUGGAGCGGCACGCUUCUGUCGAGCUCGCGCGCCCCUUCAACAAGGGCUACGAGCGCAAGCACAAGACCAAGCAUGGCAUGGAUGAGUGGAACGCGAUUCUCGACGGAAGUUUUGAUUACAUUGUGAAGGACGGGGAUGACACUGACGACAAGCUCAAGGCAGAGUCAGGCAAUGAUGUAGCAAAAGAAGAGGGCGGUAAUACUGCCGAAGUCAAGGAUGCCGAAGCCAAAACGGAUGAAGAUGACUCCGAGGGCCCCAAGGACGUUUUUACCUCAACUCACUACAUCGGUAUCAAACUACGCGAAGGAGCGAAACAACUCGACUUGUCUUUCGAAGUCAACGAUUUCAAGGGCAUCCUUUACAACUGGGAUAAAUGGGAGAGCGAGCUUCAACACUGUUGUGGCAUCAGUGUACAGCACGUCCGAAACUGCAACCUGCCCGACGACGUUUUCGAGCCCGGCGAGAUCAAACCUGCGAAACCUAAAAAGAAGGCUUCGCAGGCCCCAAACGGAACCAAACGAAAGGCGCCCACUCAAGACGCCAUAGAUUCAGCCAAACGACAACAGACUUCGACGGUCAGCGCUGGUUGA